AAAUGAGGGAGGCCGCACCGGCAGGCUACCGGCGGCCCCGCGCAGCGCGGCGCUGUUGGCUGCGCGCGGCGCCGGCAGGAGCGCGCGGGAGCCGCGGGAGCGGGGCCGGGCCGCCCGCCGCCGCCGCCACGUGCCGCCGGCGCCAUGGAGCUGGAGGAGCUGGGCAUCCGGGAGGAGUGCGGCGUGUUCGGCUGCAUCGCCUCCGGCGUCUGGCCCACGGAGCUGGACGUGCCCCAUGUGAUCACGCUGGGGCUGGUGGGGCUGCAGCACAGGGGCCAGGAGAGUGCUGGAAUUGUGACAAGCGAUGGAGAGUCAUCCCAGGCAUUCAAAGUGCACAAGGGAAUGGGUCUUAUAAAUCACGUCUUCAACGCAGACAGCCUGAAGAAGCUGUACGUUUCAAACCUCGGUAUUGGGCACACGAGGUACUCCACCUCCGGAAUUUCUGAGCUGCAGAACUGCCAGCCUUUUGUCGUAGAGACUCUUCAUGGGAAGAUCGCUGUGGCGCACAAUGGGGAGCUAACAAAUGCUGUACGACUCAGGAGGAAGCUUAUGCGGCAUGGUGUAGGGCUGUCGACCAGUUCUGACAGCGAACUGAUCACCCAGCUGCUGGCUUUCACACCUCCUCUAGAAAACGAUGAUACAGCCGACUGGGUAGCAAGAAUAAAAAAUUUAAUGAAUGAAACUCCAACUUCAUAUUCAUUGCUAAUUAUGCAUAAAGACAUAAUCUAUGCAGUACGUGAUCCGUAUGGAAAUCGCCCGCUCUGCAUUGGUCGCCUUAUUCCAGUAGGAGACAUGAAUGGAAAAGGAAAAGAUAACAGUGAAACAGAAGGAUGGGUAGUCUCUUCUGAAUCCUGUAGUUUUUUGUCUAUCGGUGCAGAGUACUAUCGUGAGGUCCUUCCUGGAGAGAUUGUGAAAAUAUCCAGAUAUGAUGUCCAGACACUGGAUGUUGUACCAAGACCUGAAGGAGAUCCAUCAGCGUUCUGCAUCUUUGAAUAUGUUUAUUUUGCAAGACCAGACAGUAUUUUUGAAGGUCAGAUGGUGUAUUCCGUCAGGAGAAGAUGCGGGCAGCAGCUUGCUAUUGAAGCACCCGUGGAAGCGGACCUGGUCAGCACUGUUCCAGAGUCUGCAACUCCAGCAGCUCUUGGUUAUGCUCAAAAGUGCGGACUACCAUAUGUUGAAGUACUCUGUAAAAACCGGUAUGUAGGAAGAACAUUUAUCCAGCCAAAUAUGAGGUUACGGCAACUUGGUGUUGCAAAGAAGUUUGGCGUUCUGUCUGAUAAUUUUAAAGGCAAGCGAGUUGUUAUCAUUGACGAUUCAAUUGUGAGGGGCAAUACCAUUUCACCCAUAAUAAAACUACUGAGAGAAUCAGGAGCCAAAGAGGUGCACAUUCGUGUGGCGUCACCUCCCAUAAGAUUUCCUUGUUACAUGGGAAUAAACAUUCCAACUAAAGAAGAACUCAUUGCCAACAGACCUGAAUUUCAUGAUCUUGCAAACUAUAUAGGAGCAGACAGCGUUGUCUAUCUUUCUGUGGAAGGGCUGGUAUCGUCUGUGCAAGAAAGCAUCAGAGCAAGACAAGAGAAUGAGAACAGCCUUAAAACCCAGAAGUCGCGCGUUGGAAAGAUUGGCCAUUGCAUAGCGUGUCUCACGGGAGAGUAUCCCGUAGAGUUAGAGUGGUGAAUUUUUAGUGGAUGGACACCAGUUCAUCUCCUGUUGAAUGUACCUUUUUAAAAAAUGCCUUUUUGCUAAUAGUGUUCUUAUAUUUAGGUGAUACAGAAAUCUUAUUACAAUUACUGUUACUAAAACACAUCUUUAUGGGAUAGACUUACAGGAAGUCCGAUGUGCUGAUGAAAACAAUGUAAGCAGAUUAAAAUACAAAAUCAAAUAGUUUUGAUGCAUAGUUGUGCCUUCUAUUUUCUCAUAAAAUAUUAUGAAAACCAAAGGUUUUUUAAUUAUGUAGCGGUCCCAGGGUUUUUUGUUUCGAUCCUGCCCCAAAAGAUAUCCCUGUUAGACUUGUUCACAAAGUAUAGAUCAUGAAUCAUGUGGUGUAAUUUCAAAUUAUCGAAGUCUUAAUGCAAAAGUAUGUGACGUUUGCUUUUCUACUUAGGAAAAAUACCAGAUUCUGAAGAAGAAAACUGCUUCCUCAGCAGUUCUUGCUUAGGCUUUUUAAGAAGUACCUAACUUUUGCAUAUAAAGCUAAACAGCCUUUAUUAAUCAAGCCCUUUGUAACAGAUUCUAUGAACAUAAUGUCUAGCAUAUGAUUUUAAAAAGUGAAGACUCAGGGAAAUGCUCAGCCAAAAGCUCUCUAGUUUUAGAACUCUAAAAUGCCUUUUUUGAAGUCCAAUGUAAUUACAUUAUCUUUCUGUGCUUUUAUCUGUUGCCAAUAAGAAGCAGAAGGAGAAAAACUACUUGGUACUGCCAUUUUUUUUUCUGUCUUACAUUUUGUUUUCUCCACAGUAAGUCCUGACAAUUUCUGAAGUCUGAGCUAAUGCUCAGUGUGCUUUUCAUACGUCAACCAUCCAAAGUAAACUGAAAAACAGAGUCACUUUUCAUUCUUAACAGUAAAUAAGAUAUAUCAACUGAAGAUCAUGAGUUGUUUUGGGUAUAGUCUUACUUGCCUACAUUACUGCUGAAACAAUGAAGUAAAAAAAGAGUUCUGAAGAACCAUUAGCUAUUGUAUACAUGUAUUUUUUGUCUGGUCACAAUUAUACGGUUACUUGUAUCCCUGAAGAUAUCUUGGACAAUGAACCACUAGCUGAAAAUGGAAAAGCACCUUUUGAAAACUAUUGCAAAUUUACGCACAAUUGUAAAAAUAUUUUGUAUACCUCAGGUUUUUUCACUGAAUACCAGCAACUUAAUUUUAGCUUUUCUAUUUAAUAUUGUGUAUUUUGGCCUUAUAAUUGUUUGUGACUGUUAAAAAAAGUGUAAGAGCUUCUUCCUUCCCCAUCAUCUCCCACACAGUUGAGAAUUACAGCAGCGCUUUCUUACGUGGGAUUUGUAGCAAUUGUGCCUGAUAGACAAUCACAAGAGUCCCAAUUCAAGAAAGCAUGUAAAUACAUUUGAUGAAGUCAAGACUGCCUUGUGCAGUGGAUUCAGAACCUACUUGCAGUGAAGCCAAUGGGGGAAUCUAGAUUUUCAAGAGCAUUGGGCUCUGACUGUUUUUCACUAAAGCCCAGAUCUGCAUCCUGGGGGAUGCACGUGGGUCUCUUCUGUCUAAUUAGAGAGUUUGGUUGUUUUUUUAAGAGAGCCAUGCAAGUUCACCUGGACAGUAAAUUGAGCAAAAAACCAACAGAGUCGGGUCACUCUGACCAUACCCUCUUCCUUAACCAAGAAGGAGUGUGAGAAAACAGAAAAAACAUCAUUAACAUUUUUCACCAUUCUUCUUUCCUGCCCUCAAAAAAGCAAUCAUUUUCAAAGGAAGGGAUAAGUCAAGCUCUUAGGUUAUAGAUACGUGUGAGGAGCCCUUUCUACUUGAGAUAAAAACUUAGGUGCACAGUUAAACAUGGCUGCAAGCAGAAGUCUGUUGACUCACCUGAAAUUGCCUAUGGAACAGACUAUAUAUAAAACUUGUGCAAAUACUCUUUUAACAUGUUUUCAACAAAACUGGUGUUUGUGAAGUCUGUUAAUAAUUGCUUAAAUGUGAUUUAAGCACUAGGCAGUGUAAUUCUGAUUUAAAUAAAAUGGGUCUUAACGCCUUUUUUCCCUCCAUGUUACCAUGUGAAAUUACAAGGUCUGCUACUGGAAGCACUGUGAUUUUUAGAUACGCUACAUGCCGAUCUUUAGUACUAUUUUUCAGAACCUUAAGUUACAGGGGAGAUGCUUUUCAAGUGCCAUUUUAUCCUCUGACAGCUGGAUUCACGCAUCAGGUUACCAGGCCUUUUUAUAAUCGCAUACUGCAGGCGGACACAUGCAACGAGUAUGUUGAGGGAUAAAACUCUGGUUUUAGGUGUUAUCUCUAUUAUUUUAAUGUUUUACUGUGAAACUGUUUCUGCUGUGUAAUGUGCAACUGUGGCAAAUUAUCAUUUACUGAGUGUGACAAAGCAGUAGAAAGCUAAUGUCUAACUUCUCCCAUGCGUAAUAUUAAAGAUGGUUAUGAACUAG